AUGCCGGCAGAAUCCAGCUUCAACAAUGUGCCCCGUGCCUUCUUGUCCCUGGUUGUGGACUCAGUGAGCCAGGAGAAGGGUAACUGCUCUUUACAAAGAAACCCAACCCCCUGCAUCAUCCCUCAAGAACAAGAGAACAUCUUCCACACCAUAUUUGCUUUUUUCUCCAAGUCCGGAAGAAAAGUGUUGGACUGUGAAAAUCCAAGGAGCUUCUGCCUAACAUUGCACUGCAACCUUAGUGCUCUCCCUAAAGAGGAGAGCCGGACCAUCGACCUGUACAUGCUACUGAACACAGAGAUACUAAAGAAGGAUAGCUCCUCUGUCAUCCAGUUCAUGGCACGAGCCAAGGUGAAGGUGGAGCCUGCCCUGAGAGUGGUGGAGAUAGCUAACGGGAACCCAGAAGAGACCCUGCCAGCUGAGGAUGACAGCGUUCAUGAGGGGUCAGCCAUCCCACAGUCGGUGCAAGGAUGGCUGUCCUGCCUGACCGCUCUUCACGUGGAGAAGUUGCCCAGAAUGAAACUCAAGGCCUCUGCUAGUCAGUUUCUCUGGCAGAUCAAAUAUUUGAG